CUUAGUUUGUCCCAUGAGCUUCUAAUCUGACCACUCACUCAUGUUAACAAAAAAUAAAAACCUCCUGCUUUAUGCUUAAGUAUGUUAAAUGCAGAAACAGUUUUGAUUCUGUAACCAUAAUUAUGUGAUUUUUCCUGUAGCGUGCAACGUGGAUUGACAGAACUAGGGCAGUGCCAGAGUUGCUCCCCAGGGUUUUAUUGUUCAGUAGUAGGCCUGACUGCAGUUAGCGGACCUUGCCUGCCAGGUUAGAUUUGUGAAACAUAUCCUUUAUUUUUCUAACUUUUAUUAUACUGCAGUCUUUAAAUAUGACCCUGUUGAUUCUGGCAGGUUUUUACUGCAGUGAGGGAUCGCCUAGCGCAGCCCCUGUGUCUGCUGUGUUUGGUGAUGUUUGUCCUCCAGGUUAUUACUGUGAGAGUGGCAGCGCUGUGCCCACGCCCUGCCCGGUGGGCACUCACCUUUCUGAGAGUGGUGGAAAGGGUGCAGAGGACUGCAUGCCUUGCCCUGAUGGGAUGUUCCAGGAUCUGAAAGGCCAAAGAGAGUGUAAACCUUGUCCUCCUGGAUUCUACUGCCCCACAUCCACCCAGAAAUCUAAUGUCAGCAGCACUCCAUUGAUCUGUCCAGAGGGCUAUUAUUGUCCUAAUGAAACACGGCUAGGCAGGCCUGUCCCUUGCCCCAGAGGCACAUACAGUAAUACCCGAGGCCUUUCAGCAGAUGAGUGCGUGGUCUGUCCAGUGGGCUAUUUCUGUGGUGCACAUGCACUUGUCCAGCCAUCUGGGCCGUGUGACCCUGGAUUCCUCUGCUUUUUGCGUGCCACAGUUCCCAACCCCAAUGACAACAAAACAGGAGCUCUUUGUCCACCAGGGGCAUACUGCCAGCUGGGAGUCAGAACUGGUACUGGACAGAGCUUCCAAAACAUUCUACAUAACAAUGAUAACACUGUACAGAAAUCAACAUUCUGAAGAGAUUUUGUAAUGGCAGAAUGACUUGAACAUACACUAAUUUCAUUGUUGUGCCUUCCAGGUGACUGUUCUCCAGGCUACUACUGUGACUGGGGAUCUAGUAGCCCAGAAGA